AUGAUCGAAAUAAUCUGCAACGACCGUCUCGGAAAGAAAGUUCGUGUAAAGUGCGAACCUACUGACACUAUAGGCCAUUUGAAGAAACUUAUUGCAGCGCAAACUGGUACGAAUGCAGCUAAAAUUGUGCUAAAGAAAUGGUACACCGUAUAUAAAGACCAUAUCACAUUAGAGGAUUAUGAAAUCAAUGACGGAAUGAAUCUUGAACUCUAUUACGCAUAA